GGUCAUCGCAUCAUCACACUCACGCUCUCUUGUAUGCGUGUGUGUGGGUAACGCAUUUUAGGCACCCUUUACUGGCUAUAAGUACUUGCUGUUGUCCGCGUCAACCCUCGGGAGACUGCUUUGUCCCUCUCUGUUCCCAUCUCUCUGGUCUAUAGAGGGUCAAGAUACCGCUCUGUUUAUGCCGGUCCGCUCUUUGACUGCCUGUCUUUACUCAUUCACUUGCUCCUGAGUUCCUCACUGCUGCGAUACCCUCAUGUUCACGUCUUCUCCCUAUUCUCCGUCCUUGCUACGGUCGCCCUUCGCACCCGUCGACGACACGUCUCCGAUUCCAUCGCCCAGGUUCAUGUCGGUUCCCCUUGAAACGGAAGAGGACAGUGAUGCGGAACCGGACCGUGUGUUGGUUGGGCGCUUUCCACUGUCGUCCCCGCUGAGGUCUUCCAAUGUGUCGAGGAUUAGCCAUUGGACAACGGAAGAUAGUGACCCGAUGGCGCGAGUGCCGAUGUCGGCGACCACGACGUUCAGUGAGGAGGAGGGGCCGUUUACUCCGAGGAUUGAAAGGAACGAUGCAAUGAUUGAUCUGGCUCGCAAGCUGAACAUGCUCGAUCUGGCGGCGAAGGAGGCACAGGAGGUCGCAGCUAACUCGCCUCGCCAUACCCCACAUCAUAAAUACGCUCCUCUUGUACCACCUGAUAUCCUCUCCACACCAUCGACUACGACAAUCAUACCCCACAUAUUGAUCGAGCUUGAACGACGGCCGAUGGAUUGGGAAUAUACCCCUUCGCCCUCUGCGCACAGUCGCAGCCAAUCCAGAUCGAGUUUCCGACGUUCGCACCCACCAACUCCCCAACCCGUAUCGCCUCCGCCACUUCCACGAAAUGUUUACGGUCGUACUUCGGUCAUGUCAUCCGCGAUUGUUCCGAGAAAGAAGAAGACGAAGAAGGCCAAGAAGCCAAAGGGACCCACCAAGAAACCAGGUGUCGUUGAGUAUGCGGAGCAGCCCAUCAAGGGCAUAUCAGUGGACACCUAUGAUGAAGCGGUGAACAGUAUCACCUGGCUCAUGUCCCACCCCAAAUCAGUCGAGGACAUCUUGAGCUCUCCGAAAGGAAAACUGCUAUUCUGUCAGGCCCUGCUGGUGGAGUUUGGCGUUUGUCCGGACUUGCACCCUCUCCCCACGUCACACGGUGCCGCGCGGAGUCUGCUGCAAAAGAUGGUUCACAUUAAUAUUGCCGACUAUAUUGAAUGUCGAGGUCGUGGCAAGGAAGCACUGCGGUCGAGGAUGCUGGCCAGCAACAGUGCCUUGCGGCGGGACCUCAUGUCCAAGAAGAGGCGGGUGCCGUUAGGAGAAGUCAAGAGGAGGGGCUUGAGGAUGCUCCUCGCCAACAACUGCUGGCAGUGAUGUUGGAGUUACCCUCCUCUUAUGGUCAUGAUUUCCGGUUAUGCCCGUGAUGAUGUUGAUGUACUACUGACAUGCUGCAUAUCAUAACGCUGCCAUUCAGAGCUAAAUAUGUACGAUAGUUUCGAGAACCUAGUCACUGACCAACUUUUCGCUUCAUGACUAAUUGUACAACUUGUAACGAAAUUAAUACAUAGAGUGUCACCAC